AAUCAUGUGCAAAGAAUCUGAAAGAUGUAUUUCUUCUGGAUAUUAAAAUAUUCUGUGAAAGGGCAAGUGACGUCUUUGAACAAGAACUGUUUUCAAAGGUAUUCCACUUCAGCAUCACUGACACAUUAUGAUAUCUUAGGAGUGGGAAGACAAGCCAAUACUAAAGAAAUCAAACAAGCAUAUAUUUCUAUGAGUAAAAAAUUACAUCCAGAUGCAAAUCCAGGUGAUGCACAAGCUCAGCAGAAAUUUGUUCGACUCCGAGAAGCAUACAAUGUUCUAAGUGACCCCAAAGAAAGAACAAGUUAUGACGUUCAAAUGUACAAAGAUUUACAGUCAAGGGCUAGGGUCAACAAAAGUUAUACAACGACCCACAGCACAGAACAUAUGUCUGAACAGGAAGUCAUACAAAGAUACUAUAAACAGCACCAGGAGAUGUACGAGGAAUGGAUCAGGAAAAGUAGGAGUCAGUCCGGUACCAACACGCAUCAACAACAGUACUACAACAGUCACAAAGAGGACCCCAAACAGUGGAUGGGGCAGGGAGGGUUCAAUCCACACGGUGACCCCAAACACUGGGCGGGACCAGAUGGGUUCAAUUCACAUGAUGACCCUAAAGACUGGGCCAGACAUGGAGGAUUCAAUCCUCAUGAAGAAUUAAAGGCCAGAGCUUUCUACUACAUGAAUAAGUUAUCAGUGGCUGACCUAUUCCUCAUCACUGCUCUAGGGAAAGUCGCUGGACUGUUUAUACUUGUGUACUUUUUAUAUAUUCAUUACAGAAAGUUCUGAGAAGUAAAAUUCUUUUUUGUUUGCUUAUUUUUCAGAGGAAUGGGGGAAAUGGCUUCUUUUAGCAAUAUGUUCAUAAAUGAUGAAACAGAAAUACAUGUACUUUCGAAGAAAAAAAUAAUUGAAAAACAAAGGAUAUCUGUAAAAAAAAAAAAAAAGAAAGAACCAACUGGGAAAUCAUGUAACCCUUUUGGAGACUUGGUUGUAUAUAUAUAUAAUUUUGUUUUUCUUGUGCAAAAGUUUAAAUUUUUGUUAUUCUGUUUAGGUUAAAGUACAAGUUUGUUGAUUGACACAAAGACAUUUGGUUAUGUCAAGAAGGUACUUUGCAUUUUGUUGUUGAAUAUGUUAUUUGCGUGAAAAAUUCAGUUGUCAACU